UUGGUCUCGUCUCUCUCCUUCAAAUCGAUUCGGUGUCGUCGUCUCUCUCGCCGUCGCGUCGUCUCCUUGAAGCCCCCGAGAUGAGCACCCUCCGUGGAAAGGGCAAGCGCAAGCGCCCCGAAUAGCCGGCGCCGGAGGCGGAGGCGGAGGAGGCGGAGCUCAACUUGAUCUUGCUCCGCAAGAUGGGGAUGGGGUGCACAAAUAUGCUGUCGCAGUCGCAGCUCUCGAAGAUAAAGAUGUUGGCGUCGCGGCCCGAUAUCUGCAAGAGGAACAGCCACCUGAAGCUCUGUUACAACCUCCGCAAUCGCAAUGUCUUCGUCCCCAACACCAACAAGCCACAGCUAGGCCCCCUCCACACCAACAAGCCACAGCUAGGCUCCCUCCAGUACAAGAAAGGGAAGGAACAUGUGUAUGAUGUGUCAGGGCAGACCCCAACAUGCGCAAAGGUUGCUCUCGAACACUAUAACAGAUCAUAUGAGGAUGAGUAUGAGAUGGUUAAAGCACUGGACAGCGUUUCUUCCUUCUUCAAUGGUGUGUGGGUGCAUGUAAAUUUCCUUGCUAAACUCAAAGGGGCCACCCAAUGUCCUGACCUUGUUCCCAAGUUCUUCUUUGCUGAGGAAGUCCAGAGGCAACACCAAUUCGUGGUUGUGGGAUUUGUCUGAAUAAUGCGAUCUAUUAUCCUGCUGCUGGAGGGCACCGAGGCGACAGGAAGAAUUCGUUUCAUGCAUUUGGUUCCCUUUGGUUUAUGUUAUGCACUAUGGAGACUGUUGUUUCACGCAGUGGAUUUAUGUGUGGUUAAAUUUCAUGGUGUGUGAAACAUGCAAUGAGAACAUCAGUUUGGCUAUGGAUGUUUGUUUCGUGCAAUGGAUAUAUGUAUCGUUAGAGUUAAGACGUUAAAUUUGAUGGUCUGGUCAUUGUGUGCAAAGAAAAUCGCUGCACCAUUUUUGUUGUUACCGAGUCUGGUAUUUGCAUCCAUUGUUGGAUGUUUUUAGACCAACCUAAUGAAAUUCUUUUCGCUGGUAA